AUGGAGUCUUCCCCCUCCGCAAUGUUGAAGUUGUUGCUACCCAAAACACCGUUCAUCUUCAAGACUGCACUGGCGCAUACCUUCCACUUCUCGGAAACAUCUUCCAAAUGGGACUUGCGGACCGAAGUGACUAUCAAGGUCCUCCGCGACAUGCUUGGCCCAAACCACAAACUAACACCAAUCACCAAAUUGCAACACCUCACGACCAAAGAUACCGGCGUCAAGGGCAAGGUGUGGAUAUGCAAGGUGCAUCUCAAGACUCCCGAGGAAGACGACGCUCGGCAGCUGGUCUUCAAGUCCAUCCAGGAAUUGGGCGAUGGAUCAGAGAAGUGGACGAAAUGCGACAUGCACGCCGUAGAAGGAGAAUGGACAGGCGGCCGCGCUGGCAUCUCAGACACCGAGCCCGAACCUACAGAUCUAACCGAAGGAGAGAAAUAUGCAAAGCUGAUGGGCGAAGUAAAGAGCAAAGUCACGCUCUUGUAUUUCCACGGCGGCGCAAUGUACCUCUUGGACCCGGCGACGUAUCGACACUUGACAGGACGUGUAGCGCGCUUGACAGGCGGUCGAGUCUUCAGCGUGAGAUAUCGUCUGGCGCCGCAGAACGCGUUUCCCGCUGCGCUACUGGAUGCUUUCAUGGCCUAUCUCUCGCUCCUUCACCCUCCGCCGGACGCACCUCACGAACCCGUACCUGCGGCCGAGAUAGUGUUCGGAGGCGACUCGGCGGGUGGCAUGCUCUGCACCUCGCUCCUCCAGCUUCUCCUGCAAAUUCACCGUUCCCAUACCGGGCCCGGUCUUCCCACCGUCCGCUGGUACGGGAAGGACGUCGAGAUUCCACUGCCAGCCGGCCUCGCCCUGAGCUCUCCCUGGCUCGACGUCACACGCUCGCUACCCUCUCUCGAAGGGCUGGCAAAGUACGACUACCUCCCUCCGCCAUCGCUCACACUGGGUAUGAACUACCCGCCUGACGCUGCGUGGCCGGCGAGUCCGCCGCGCGCGGACUUGUACUGUGAGGGCGAGGCGCUUAUGCACCCGCUCGUAUCGCCUGUCGCAGCGUCGGACUGGUCAGGGUCCCCCCCUACAUUUUUCGGAUUAGGAGAAGAGAUGCUCCGUGACGAGGAUGCUGUUCUAGCAAAGAGACUUCACAAGCAAGGUGUCAUUGUAAGGUGGCGCGAAUUCGAAGCCAUGCCACACUGUUUUGCCAUGAUGCUUGACGCGCUGCCCGCAUCGACGACGUACUUUGAGGAGUUUGCGAAAUUUUGCAGUGAGGUGGUGGAAGGCAAGGUUACGAGCGAUGGCGAGAAGCUGCUGGCCAAGACGCUGAAGAGGGAGGCUGUUGAUCUGGAGAAGGUGACAGAGCUGACCGAUGAGGAGAUAGCAAGGCACAUGCAGGAAGGGAAGGAGCGGAUCAUAAAGAAGCAUGGAGCUGCGGCCACAGAGGCGCGCCCGAUGCUAUGA